AUGGCGGCCCAUGCGAGUUGCGUCGAGCUUCUCGGUUCGUUAUUUCCAGACAUUGACCCUCAAAUAUCUGAUUAUGUGACCGGAAUCAUUAAUGAUUCUUCAGAGGAUGAUUUUGAAUCUCCUCAAGAUAUUUAUGAUGCAAUUGGAGAUCUGCUACUAAAUUCUGCAACUGGUAAAACAGAGGAUGAUGUCAAAGAUAUAUGUGAAAAGUUUCAUGGUCUUAUGAAAAGUACACAGUCAAGUGAGGCAGCUGAACAUAAAGUUUUGAACUCUCCUAUUCAAUUAGGGUCAUUGUCUCGUGACCUUAUAGACUCCAGUUUAGAGAACCAAAGUAUAUGGCUGGCCAAGAAAGAGACAGUUUCUCAAGUAGAUCAGAAGAAAUUAGAAAAGGCUGAAGCAAAAAUUCAAAAGAAAAAUGAAAAACGAGCAAACCAAACUACUUCUGUGAAGAAGACUCCGAAUGGUACCUGUGAAUUAGCUUCUGCAUCGCAGCAGUUGAAUCGAAGGGACAUUAAAUUAGAUUCCUCGGGUAGCAAUAAGUCCUAUGAUAUUCGGAUUGAGAAUUUUGAUGUGUCUUAUGGUGAAAAAUCCCUACUAACUAAUGCAUCUAUUCAUCUGAUUUAUGGACAUCGCUAUGGCUUUGUUGGUCGGAAUGGUCUUGGUAAAACAACAGUUUUGAAAAUGAUAUCAAGUGCUCAGCUCCGGAUCCCGUCCCACAUUACCAUCCUCCAUGUAGAGCAAGAAGUUGUUGGUGAUGAUACUCUGGCAUUGCAAAGUGUCUUGGAAUCUGAUGAAAAAAGGGAAAAACUAUUGAAAGAGGAAAAAGAAAUUAAUGCCAAGUUGCACAAAAAGGAACAGAAUGACAACAAAUCAGAUAUGCUGUCUUCUCGCUUGAAUGAAAUCUAUCAACAACUAGAAGCCAUGGAGGCUGAUAAGGCACCUGCCAAAGCUGCUGUCAUUCUUGCUGGGUUAGGAUUCUCACCUAAAAUGCAAUCAAGCCCUACAAGAGAGUUUUCUGGUGGUUGGAGAAUGAGAUUAGCCCUUGCAAGAGCUUUGUUUUCAAAGCCUGAUUUGUUGCUUCUUGAUGAACCAACAAACAUGUUGGAUAUGAAAGCCAUUAUUUGGCUUGAAAAUUAUCUACAGACGUGGGCAACGACCAUUUUGGUUGUAUCCCAUGAUCGUCAAUUCUUAAAUGCUGUUGCUACGGACAUCUUCCAUUUGCAUAGUAAUAGAAUUGAUUCAUAUAAAGGAAACUAUGAAAUCUUUCGCAAAACCAGAGAGGACCGAUUGAAAAAUCAACAAAAAGAAUAUGAGGCUCAACAGCAAUAUAGAGAACAUAUUCAGAUUUUCAUUGAUCGAUUCCGGUAUAAUGCCAACCGUGCUUCACAAGUUCAGAGUAAAUUGAAACUUCUUGAGAAAUUACCAGAAUUGAAACCUGUGGAGAAAGAAACAGAAGUUAUUUUGAAAUUUCCUGACUGUGAUAAACUCUCACCCCCAAUCCUACAACUUGAUGAAAUUGACUUUUAUUAUAACAAGGAUAAAAUCAUCUUCAAGAAUAUUUGUGUUAAUGCUUCUAUGGAGUCCCGGAUUUGUAUUGUUGGAGAAAAUGGUGCUGGUAAGACUACUCUGUUGAAGAUUCUUUUAGGAGAACUUAAUCCAGUUCGGGGUCUACGAAAUGCACAUCGAAACUUAAAGAUUGGCUACUUUAGCCAACAUCAUGUUGACCAGCUGGAAAUGGAUGUGUCAUCUGUAGAACUGCUGGCAUUAAGAUUCCCAGGUAAACCAAUUGAACAGUACCGAUCAAUAUUGGGCUCAUUUGGUAUAACGGGAGAACUGGCAACUCGAUCUGUAGCUACUUUAUCUGGAGGUCAGAAAAGCAGAGUGGCAUUUGCUGCAAUGAGUUGCUUACAUCCGAACUUCUUCAUUCUUGAUGAACCUACAAAUCACUUGGACAUGGAAACGAUAGAAGCCCUUGGCAAAUCUCUUCAUAAAUUUCAGGGAGGAGUGAUCUUGGUAUCUCAUGACGAGAGACUAAUUCGUUUGAUUUGUAAUGAGCUUUGGGUUGUCCAGAACGGAACUGUAUCUAGUCUAGAAGGAGGCUUUGAUGAGUAUAAACAGAUUGUGGAGAAGGAGCUACAGGUCACCCUAUGA